GCGUGGUGAGGCGAGUGUGCGCUCUGGCGGUGCCGGGUGAUGCGCGGGGACGGCGGCUGCACGGCGGCUCUCCUUCCUGACGAGACAGGACGUGGACAAAGCUGAACCGGGCCGAUCAACAUGCAGCGGAUCUUCCUCCUCAUCAACCCGUAGAAUAAGGAUAUAAGGAGUGCAAAGAUGACUGAGGGCAGACUUUGCCAGGUCCACCUGCUCGAUGACAGGAAGCUGGAGCUGCUGGUUCAGCCGAAGCUACUGUCGUACGAGCUCCUCGAUCUGGUGUCUUCCCACUUCAACCUCAAAGAGAAGGAAUUCUUUGGACUUGCAUUUUUUGAUGACAAUGGUCAGUGUAAGUGGUUGCAGAUGGACCGCAGAGUACUUGAACACGACUUUUCGAAGAAGGCCGGGACAAUUUCCCUCAACUUCCUGGUCAGGUUUUACCUUGAAAACAUAACGCAACUAAAGGACAUCAUAACGGUGGAGUUAUUCUACUUAAACGCAAAAUCUGCCGUCUACAAUGGGAUUAUUGAGGUGGAAACUGAGAACGUCUUCAAAUUAGCUGCAAAUGCUUUGCAGGAGGCUAAAGGAGACUAUACAAGUGAUGAAAACACUCGAGCUGAUUUGAAGAAACUUCCAACUCUUCCCACCAAAGUUCUCAAGGAACACCCGUCUCUGGCAUACUGUGAGGAUCGAGUUAUUGAAUAUCACAAGCAGCUGAAAGGUGUCUCCAGAGGGCAGGCCAUUGUGCAGUAUUUGACGCUAGUGGAGUCUUUGCCAACGUAUGGUGUGCAUUAUUAUGAGGUUAAGGAUAAACAGGGGAUCCCUUGGUGGCUUGGAAUCAGCUAUAAAGGCAUCGGCCAGUAUGAUCUGCAGGACAAAUUAAAACCUCGGAAGUUAUACCAGUGGAAGCAGCUGGAAAACUUGUACUUCCGAGAGAAAAAGUUUGCUGUAGAAGUUAACGAUCCACACAGGAGAGCGGUAACCAAACGAACCUUCGGGCAGACAGGCUUACUCAUCCACACGUGGUAUGCUAGUCACUCUCUGAUCAAAACCAUCUGGGUCAUGGCCAUCAGCCAGCACCAGUUCUACUUGGAUAGAAAGCAAAGCAAAGCGAAACUAGGAGCAGCUAGAACUGUGGAGGAAAUCGCCAUGGACCUCACAGAGCACGGUGGAGCCAAAAUGAACCGACUGGGAGACGUAGGCCUGAAGAAUAACUUCAUAACAGCCAGCAACGGCAGCCUCGUGUCUACAGGUUCUGCAGACUCUGAAAUGAGUGAAGAGCAGAAGAGGGAAAAACUUGCAGAGCUGAGAAAAAAAGAACAAGAGAUCCAAGAUAUUUUGGCCAAAAAAACAAAAGAGCUGAAGAAGAUUUGCCUCAGAGAGGCGGAGCUGACAGGCAAGCUGCCAAAAGAGUAUCCCCUCUCUUCAGGUGAAAGACCACCACAAGUCAGGCGGCGAGUUGGCACCGCUUUCAAGUUAGAUGAGCUCUUCCCGUAUCACGAGGAUCCCUUCCUGAGGAACCUGGAGAGCAGAUUUGCCCUGCAACAAAAGAUUGUGGAGGCGGCUAAGAAGCUCGCAAAUGAAUCAGAACUGUGCAAAACGGUCAAGAAGAAGAGGAGGAGAAAUUGUCUGGAUGCUAUGCACAAACUCCAGCAGAUAGAGGAUGAGAUGAACCAGUACAGAAUCAAGAAGGGGAAAAAGCCCACGCAGCGGGCGUCAGUGAUCAUCGCAGAUGAACUUGUCCGGUCAGACUUUAGCUCUCUGUCUAGUCUCCCUCUGGACGAUGAUGACUCAGACAGCGCAGGUCAAAGGCCGCGGUCACGAUCAGUCCAAGGUUCCCCUCAGCUCAGUCCGAUGCGAUCGCUGGGAACAGAAUAUGAUGUUGAGAGAUCACCAGGGGGGAAUCACCACAAGAACCACAGCAGAUUAGCUUUUGACGGCAAGGAGGCUUCUCAUUACUACCAGAAUCCAAGCGAGGUCUCCUCCACCCACAGUAGUCCCUAUAAAACCCUUCCUAGACCUUCUAGAGAUCCACGCAGCAUGCCGCCCACCCCGGUUAUGACCCGCAAUGCCUACAGCAGCAGCCAACUCAGGUCAGAGGGGUCUUCUCACUGCUUCCGGCAUCGCAGUGGAAGUCUGGAAUCUCAACCCCGACUCAGAAAAGACACAGACGUGGAGAAGCCUGUCUUUAUAUUGUCACCAGCCCACCGCAGCACCAGCACAGAGGUGUUAGAAGAUUGCUCUUCCUACACCAGUCAGUCCAGUCUAGACUGUUGCGGUGCAGCUAACUCCAACUACAGUACGCUGGACUCCCGAACUUCAACCAUGCAUCGUCUUCACAGGAAGGUGGAAGUGUAUGGGAAUACCGGAAGCAUGCCCAACUUGGUCCAGCACCAUUCAGGUUGUAGUUACUCAUGUGAGACCGCAACCCAUUAUGCACCCAGUGCCUACUAUGUUGCUGGCUACCCCUGCCCGGACAUGGAGCAUUAUGCUAACGGCGCCUACGUGUAUGAGAAUGAAGUCGAAGGCCACUACAACGUGAACCCCUCCUACCAAAUGAAUGGCUGUCAUGGACAUGACAGAUUCAGACAUUACAGCAGUGACGGGGCAGAUAGUCUCUCUCAGAAUCCUUACGCAACAAUGAGGCCGCCGCGGAAUAGAGAGGGCCCCAGACAUGAGCUACUGGCCAAAAACAUGCACAAGGCCCUGGUGGCGGAACAUCUGAAGGGCUGGUACCACCGGAGCAGAGGCCACAGAGAUGGGGGGAGGGGCCUGACGGCUGGAUAUGACUUCGACAGCAGUUCCCAGCUCAGCCUGGGCUACCAAACAAUGCCAGCAGCCUUCAGCCAUUCCAGCAGAACCACGUCUUUCUCUUCAGUGUCGUCAGCAGACAGCACAGGGAACUGGCGCAACCAGCUGGCAGUCGGCCUGACAGAAUUUGAUACACGUGAUGCACCUCAGUGUCCUCCUCCUGGAGCACCUCCAUCUCCAUACAACCGCAGUCCCACACACAACAGAUUUUCUCCUGAAAACAAAGAGUCUGACACAAUGCCUAAAAAGUUUGAGUCAGUAGAUGUGGUUGGCGCUGAGUCGACUAGUACAGAUGAACCAUCAGACAGCCACUCUGGCACUUAAGGAUUUCAUCUGGACAGAAGCUACAUGAGCAUCCACUGAAGAGGACCAAACACAACUGCGGCACAAACAAAGCCAAGGCCAGCAGCACAUGAAGGGAACGGAGCUGAAACACAGACUUUCUGUUGGCCACAGAUGAAGUUUUUGGAGACAUUUUGUCUCUUAAGUUUUUGCAGUGAGACAUACGUUGUCCUCGUGCUUAAAGUCAGCUCUGAACACAGUGAUGACACUCUUGAAUGACUUUCCCAUGUGCCUUGAAUUAGAUGAAUUGUACAGGCAGAUGAGAAUGUGUCAAGAUGUUGCACAGUACUCUGGAUUCAAACCGUAUCGUGUAUCAAAGAAAAAACAAAACAAGACAGCAACAUGUAUUUUAACAAAAACUAGCUACUGCCUUAUACAGAACAGUAGGUUAUAGAAUCAACAAUCACCAUUUUCAUCUCAUGAUAAAAAAAAAGUCUUGAAAAUAAAAUCCAGAAUAAAAUUCUUGACCAUGUUCACAAAUGUGACAUAUCAAGAGCUGAUUUGAUCAUUAGAGCAGGUUUUGUCUUUGAUGGAUUUCUAUUUCUUCAUUUUUUUGAAACACUGAAUCAGAAUGUAUUAUGUCAAUAUUGUUUAUAGAGCCAUUUGUCUUGUUGGUGCAGUAAAGUGUGUUCAAAUGCAUGGUGAUAACAUUGACCUUUUGAUUUAAAAAAAAAACAAAAACAAAAAAAAAACUACCAUGAAAAUCAUAUCCACGUUUGUUUUCUUACAGAUUUGUACAGUCACUGUGUAGUUAUAUGUCGUUAGAUGUUGUCAUAAAAUAUUUUCCAUUUGGAAAGAGAAGGUGAAUAAACCCAUGU